AUGGCCGCCGCCGCGUCCGCCCCCUACACCGGCCCCUCCCCGCGCCACAUGAUUGACACCCACACUCUCGCUCAGGAAAUCAUCAACCGCAACAACGACCCUUGCCCGAUCCUCGACGAAGACGAGCUGGCUCUCCUCUCUCAAUUCGUUGCCGAUCCAGCCCAGGCUGGCGCCAUCCUCGAGGCCCGCGACUCAGAGGAGGCCGUCAAGUCUGGCAGCUUGGUGGCCUACGUCAUCUCCCUUCACGGCACUGAGAAAGCUGCGCUCACCGACGACGAGAUAGCGCUUCUGAAGAGAUGGUUCGAUAACGGUCAGAAGGCCUGA